GUGGGGAUGAAACAAACUUUAUUUAUUUGGAACAGUACCUAUUAAUAAUACAUAGUUCAGUCCUUAAUAUCAAAUUCUUGUAGGACUGUAGCAUGUGUGCGCAAAUUUGUGCACGCAAGUUUUAGAACUUAAGAUUACAUAACGACUAAUGACCACACAGGACAUUAAACAAACAUUACAGCAACGUUACAAAAUGUGACCAAAACACUGCAGCAUUUGUGAAAAGCAAGCAGUUAAACAUGUUUCAAAACUGUACAACCGAUGGCAGCAGGAGUAGCUCGGAACAAUAGAUAAAGGUGAUUUAGAAAUAAAUUAUUAAUUAUAUAGCCUGAAAAAUAAAUGUACAGACUAGCACACUUAACUAAUGACAUAAGCUACUAUCUACUGAAAUAGAUAAUUAGAGCAACCCUGUAAUAAGCACUUGACACCACAGUUAUCUGAACAGUUUUAGACAUACGCUGUUCAACAUUAACCAGGGUUGCCAAGGUUCAGCAAAAACUUCUAGCCCAACAUUUAUAACCACAGAAAAUCCUGAAACCUAAAAAAAUUGCUAUUAGAAAAAGGAAAUACAGGGUCAGCCUAUGUGUGGUAAACAAGUAUACCAUGGUGCAUUCAUAUUUAUUCUAUCCAGAAGCACUGAGGUUCACAAUAAUGUAUAUAUAAGUUGUAAAUCUUUGGCUGCUUUCACUGGGACCUCAGUACUAAAUUUCAUUCCUUUUUAUGUACCACUUGUUCUGGAAUGACAAUAAACUUUUCUUGGUCCUUUCUGAUAGACUGACAUUCCACUCCCCCCCUUUCCUAAAUUGCAAUAUAGCUUUCAGAUGAAAUGCUUCUGUGCAUAAUACUAUAUGCAUGUAGUUUUUGACAUUGCCUGUUGGAAAUGUAUUACAGUUAAAUAAUUUUGUUGAAAUAUUCAAAUUAGCCCAACCUUGAGAAGAACCAGACUCAAAAGGGAACCUAUCUGGAUGACACCAAAAGUAAUAAUGAUUUCCUUUCAAUAACAAUAUAUUAUUUAUUUUAAAAAAUUGCAGUUGUGUAAACAGGAUUUAAUAGGCAGCUUUUGAAUAUGAUCAUCAAGUAUUUCUGAUGAAAUAAUUCUGAUUAACCCUAAAUAAAGAUCUGCUAAAGAUCUGUUUCUGUAUGAUUUUUUUUUGACAUCUUCUUGAUGCAGAAGCCAUUGUUCACAAACAGCUUACAAAGUAUAUAGCUGAGCUCAUUGUAGAUAAGGAAAGGGGCACAAAAUACGUUCCAGAACAUUAGAAAGGAAUUAGUGUUAAAUCUAUAAAGAAAUCAGAAAUUAUAAUCUACUUGAAAUUUCCUGGUUACCCAAUUCCACUUGACUCCAUAUAUUUGUUGAAAGGACAUUAUUUAUAAUCACUCUCUGGUGUUACCCAGAUGAAGAUGGGAUCUAUUUGAACCAAGGUUUCUUCCUCAUAAUGUCACAGGGAGUUUUUCCUUGCCACCAUUGCCUCAGGUUUACUCAUUAGGGAUCAAUAUAAAUUUAAUUUUAUACUUUGUAAUUUUUAAUUCAAAAUUUUUAUAUCUAUGUUUGACUGCUUUGAGACUGUAACCACCUAGAACGUGGUUACUGAGCCUUUUAAUUGCUGUGUCACUACUACGCUCUAGGGGGCUCUAUGCUCUAUUCCCCCUCUUGUAUAUAGCCAGGUAAACGGAGAGAAGAAGAUGAGUAUGGUUUGGGGGAAGAGGGAAAUAUUGUCUUCUUGAGUGCUUACCCAGAGUUUGGGAGUCCUGACUGGAAAACUUUUCAGGUUUCAAGUCUAGUCAAAUGGACUCCUUCUUCCUUCAGUGGCUGUUUUUUUUUACUUUGAGAGGGUCUGGUUAUGUUUGCUCUAAAGACUUAAAGGUUUUUCAGUCUACCAAAAAGGAGCAGGCCAGGGUGGCAGUGGAUAGGCCUCUACUUCAGCCCAUGCUGGCUGCAAUAGACAUUGAUCUGCUGGACAUUCGGAUUACUGGAUGGACAAUAGGACAAUGGACAGAUAAGGCUUUCUUUAUUUCAGCAAUGCCUGAAAUGCAUGGGUAUGCCUUUGGGUUUUUGUGUUGCAAUGGUUAUGUUUUGGGCUUUUGUGUUGCAGUGGUUAUGUUUUGGGGAAUUUGUUUAUGAUAAUGUUUUGUGUAUGCUCUCAUAUAAACUUGUGCUUUUGCUGUACGUGGAUCUGAGAUUAUGCAUUUAAAAUUGAUGACAAGGGUUGAUUAGUAAUCUGGUCGGUGAGUCCCUCCCUCAAAUUUGUGUGGGGACACACAAUUAGUGGGGAGCCCAUUACAGAUUGGCGCCUGAACAGGGAUCCUCAGGCCAACAAGAUCCGUAACCUUAAAGUGUUUACUCUCAGUUUUUUUCAAGUAACACAAUCAUCAUCUGCAAUGGAUGGGGAUGCGGUCAUACCUAGUGUAGAUUUCAACUCCGAGUCUUUCACUACUAGAUGGGAUCCAGUAAGAGAGAUGAUAAACACCUUCAGUGACCUGUAUAUUGAUUCGAAUGAAGAGAAUGGAAGGGCUGUGGAUAAUGUUUCUGAGAAUGAUUCUUCUUUUCCACCCCCACCCCCACCACUGGAGAUGAAUGAGGAGUUAGACCAUAGUCCUUGCUCACUAGUUCCAUCCCUGAAUGACCAAAUCACAGCAUUAAAAAUCAAUUGCAGUGAGGCAGUUUUCUGUAAUGAAUUUAUCAAGCAAUGUAAAAAGAUAGAAGAUAGGAUAUUAUACCAUGUUCAGCAUAAGUGCAAGAGGGUGAAACAACACUUGGAAAUGUUAGUCAAGGACUUGGGUCAAUCAAUGGUAGAUUGUCUGAAAAGAAGAGUGACAACUGAGGCAACAAUUUCAAGAGCUAAGACCAUCUUCAUCUACCCCAAUAGUUCCAAAUCCUAACCCUCUAUUUAAUGUUACCCAAUAUGACAUAUAGCCUGCAGUCCAGCCCUGUUUACAACCCGAGCAGUCAGUCUUCAGUGCAGUAUAUCCCUCCUGUAAAACUUGAUUUCCCUAGUUUCAGCACCACUCUUGAUGAUGACCCAGUUGUGUUCAUUGAGCACUCUGAGAAAUAUUUUGCUGUUCGACCUCUCAGUGAUGGAGAAAUCCUUGCCUCACUUGCAGCUGUACUUAAAGGAACCGCUAAAGACUGGUGGAUGGCAGAGAGAAAGCGUGGCCAACUGGGAGCAGUUCAAGGAGAGAUUCCUGCACUCUUUCUUUAGUGUGGACUAUAAGGAUGUAGCGGCCAGGAAGCUGCUCGAGAGGAAACAAGGUGCCAAGGAACGUUUCAGAGACUUUGCAUUUUAGUAUCGGGCUUUGUGUCUGCGAUUGGAAAAAAGAAGUGGUUCAGGUAAUCCUGAGGAAUUGCAAUCCGCGACUCGCUAGUUUGCUACGUGGAACUGUUAAAGAUGUGAGAGAGUUAGUCAGGAUUGGGACCCAAAUUGAAAGAGACUUUGAUGAGUCCAAAAGAUAUUGGAAUCAGGUUAAUGGGGAAGAGCAGAAGAAGAAAACAUUUGCUGUUCAGGAAACUCAGCGUAAAUUACCCCAGGCUGGGAACCGAGUUGUGCUGCCUUACCAAAGUCCAGACCAUCGUGAUUUUAAGAACAUUGCCCUUCCCAUUAUUCUCAGAGACAGCUAUGUCAUUGCCAUUGUUGACACUGGUAGCACCUUCUCACUAAUCCAAAAAUCUUUUUGGAAACGACUGAGUCAUCAUGAAGGAUUAAAAUGAAGACUUAAAAUGAUAAAACAGUCAAAUCAAGUCAAGAAGCUUUUAUUGUCAUUUCAACCACAUAUAGCUGACACAAUACACAGUGAAAUGAAACAACGUUUCUCCAGGACCCUGGUGCUACGUAAAAGAACAUAGAGCUGCAUAACACCAGAGAGCUAAAGGCUAAAAGUAAGUUGUCGUAGCCACAUAAAAUACAACAUGUGCAACCUAGUGCAAACAGUACAAGACAAAAAGACAAAACAGUACAGGAGAGAUACACAAAAUAGUGCAGACUAGUAUACAUUCUGUAUAAUGUUAUACAGUGCAAUGUGAAAAAUAGGAGAAUUGUAAAUAAAGAGCGUUCUUGCAAACAUACAUACUUCUGUAUAGCAACAGUUGGUGGCAGUUUGAAAUGUGUGUGGGGUCAUCCACAAUGCUGUUGACUUUGUGGAUACAGUGUGUGGUGUAAAUGUCUGUGAUAGAGAGGUAUGUGGGGGUCAUCCACAAUGCUGUUGACUUUGUCUUGAUGUGUCUCAUACCUCAUGCUUCUCAAACAGAGAGUAGAAGUUGUACAUCUCAUCUCGGAGGGAGGCGUUACUGUCACAGGUGAAGUUGUCUUCUAGUUCGUGAUCACCUGGAUGCACUGCCACAUGCACCAGGUGUCUUCAGUGUCCUGGAAGUGGCCAUCGAUUCUCUGAGCAUGUCCGUGCUUUGCCUCUCUGAUGGCUCGGGACAGUUUCGCCUUUGAUCUUCUCAAGGCUGUCUUUUCCCCUGCUCUGAAGCCAGACUCUUUAGACAUUAGCAGUGCAUGCACCUUUGCAGUCAUUCACAGCUUCUGGUUGGAGUGUGUGGUGAUGGUCUUGGAGACGGUCACAUCAUCAAUGCACUUGCUAAUGUAGCUGGUCACUGAUGCUGUGUACUCCUUCAGGUUGAUAGAGUCGCCAUUGGUUGCAGCCUUCAUGUGCCAGUCAGUGCACUCAAAACAGUCCUGAAGAGCAAAGGUGGCUCCUGUCAUCAAGGUUUUCACCUGUUUCAGAACCAUUUUACAGCAUCUGACUAGCGGUCUGUAUGUUGGAAUUAGCAUAACAGAGAUUGGUCUGAGUAGCGGAGGUGGGGGCGGGGCUCAGCAUGGAAUGUUUGUGUAAAUAAAAUCCAGCGUGUUCGCCCAUCUUGUUGCAAAGUCCACAUGGUGAUAGAAUUUAUGGGCCACUGAUUUAAGAUUUGCAUGGUUGAAAUCUCUGGCAAUAAUAAACAGUCCGCUGGGGUGAGCAUUCUACAGAUCGCUAGAUCAGAGUACUUACAGCACUCCUAGAGCCUGUUGAUUCUAACAAUGUCAUUUUGGCUCAUAUCUCUGGCCAGGCCGAUUUUUAUAUUGCUGUUAGUGAUGGACUGACCAUUCUUUGAGAAUGCAGUUCUGAAAAAAUUAAUGAAAUACAUGUAGGCUGACAAUGAAAUCAUUAAUUUGCAAUGUGUCUUUCAGCAGUCUUGUAGGUGAGGAUAUAUAUUUAUAAUUUAAAUUAAUUUAACUACAAUUAGAAUUUAAAUGGACUUGAUUAAUGAUAGUGCUUGUUCCUAUUUUUAAAAGGAUAAUGAACAAUAACUCAAAUAUCCACUAGAAAACCAAUUAACUGAUACUUUUUCUGUUUUUUGUUUUUUUUUUCAAAUUCUGCCACCUAUCAUUCUAAGCAUUUUAAGUUCUUGCAUGUAUUUGUUUCAAAGAUAAAUUGAUUACUGAGAAAAUCAAAUUUAAAAAUCAUUAACUGCAGGAUUUUAGGCUUCCUGUAUUUUGCCUGUAAUGUAUGUAGCAUACCAAUGAUAAGCACUUUUACUGUAUAUAACAAAGUAAUUAGGAGAUUUUAGCUCUGAUCUAUAUAAUUGACUUAAUACACUGUGUAAAGUAGCAGAAAUGUAAGGAAAUAAUUACUCCAAAGUUUCCUAAUGGUGUUGGAGGUCAGUACUUUGUCCAGGCCUAGUCUAGUUGCACAAAAAAUGUCAUGUGGAAACUGGAAAGGGUCAGUUUUCUGUAUCCAAUCUGCUGAAGUUUGAACCACAAGAUCUUUAAAAAAUGUAUUAUGAAUUUAACAAGGUAUCAACAUACCUUUGACUAUGUUGCAUAGCUCACUGGUCACACUAUUGAUUCACAUGAAUAGAAAAGCAGACACUGUCAGCAACUAGACCUUUUUAAUAGGAAAGUGCAAGACUUUAAUAAACCUUAAAGUUGCCAGAUUGGAGGAUUACAUAUAUUUUUAAAACCUAGACUGUGAACUUUCACCAUUUUUGUUUUAUUCAUGCAGAAAAUAUUUGUAGGUUAUUAGGAUUUAGAUGAAGAUUAAUUUACAUGUUAUGGGUAAUUAAUGCAUCAAAGCAGGUAGAUUGUUGGGAUGUUAGCAUUUACCGAGGUUCACUGAACUGGAAUUAAGAUUUGCAUAGGGUAUGGAUUUGCUAAUGGUAUGAUUGGACUAUGAUUAGGUUCCAAUGGUUGGAAAUGUUUAAAGAAGCUUCAACCAUGUUUUCAAUGUUGCAUGUCAAAUGUCUAGAAAAAACCUACUCUUUUACGUAAGAUUUUCCAGUUCCAUUUUUUGGAUUGCCAUAACACUUGAGAAAUAGUCUGCGUUUGGUGAAAAGGGAAGUGAUAAACUCUCAUGAGUGUAUUUAAACUGCACUUCAUGAGCAUUCUCCACUCUCAGUGCUGCUUCACUGAAUGUGACUCUCAUCAUGCAUCUGCUGCAAAACAUCCUGUUUCUGCUCAGCAUCAGUCUUGUUCAAAGCCGUGCCAUAAAGGCAUUGGAUAAUAAGCCCUCUGGGGAGAAUGAUAACAGUGUUGAUGCAGAUUAUUUCUCCGUAUCUGCCAUAAUUGAAAGAGCCAACAAAAAUGUCGGAAAGCUGAAGGAUGGUUUGAUCAUUACACAUGGAGAUAUAGCGGUGUACCCUGGGCUCCAGAAUGCAGAUCCAUGUACUUCUCGUGAGUGCAGGUGGCCAAGGGAAAGGAAUGGAAAGGUUAAAGUGCCCUACGUAAUUUCUAGGCAGUAUGCAUUCUCUGAAAAAUGUGUUAUCAAGAGUGCACUGGAAUCCUUCAGAAUUUCAACCUGUGUCCAGUUCGUACCUCGCACCAACGAAGAAGACUACAUACAUAUAGUCUCAGACCAGGGGUGCUACUCUUUCGUGGGUCGCAUUGGUGGAAUGCAGAAUGUUUCCCUACAACGCGAUGGCUGUGUGUACCAUGACAUCAUCCAGCAUGAGCUUCUGCAUGCUCUUGGGUUUCAUCAUGAGCAGGAUCGAAGUGACCGCGAUGAUCAUGUCCGAAUCCUCCUUGAAAAUGUUAUUCCUGGAGAUGAACACAAUUUUGAUAAACUUGACACCAACAAUCUGAACACUCCAUAUGAUUACAAUUCUGUCAUGCAAUAUUCAAGGUAUGCUUUCUCCAAGAACGAGCUACCAACCAUCAUCCCUAUUCCAGACAAUGACGUUCCCAUUGGAAAUGCAAAUGAAAUGAGUGACAAUGACAUUCUACGUGUUAACAGACUCUAUUGCAGUGAAUGAUUCUCUUACCAUCACCAGUGUAUUUCAAAUUCUUUUCCAAACCACUUGCAAAAAAAGUUGACAUUUAAAAAGCUUCUGAUUUAUUCCAUUAUAACAUUUCUCAAAUUUAACAAGUUUGAAGUUUGCUCUGAUUUUUCACCUG